AUGGCUGACAUUGGAGCUAUGAUAGCGACUCCAGGAAUCGAAAGCCCGAACAAGCGGGCGAAAAUGGAUAGUGGACUAACAGCAACUAACUUCGAUGAAUCUAAAUUCGCUAGAUAUUACAGAACGGACACAGUGAGCUCUCCCGUAAGCUCACAUUCCGGACCAGUUGUCAGUGAUACAUCAGCAUAUUAUUCAUACCCCUACACGUACUCGAAUUCUUUCUCAUCAUACACGUAUCCUUGUGGACAAACAGACGCAGCAGCUUUGUACACAUAUCCCGCAUCUUAUGGCAUUCCUUACACCGCACUGAAUGGCUUCAGCACAGAAUAUUCCUCGACGUCAGGUAGCGGUAUGCGACUUUCCUUUUAGCUUUUGCGCUUCUGAUAUCGCUUAAUGCGUUACUCGAGAAGUCAUAAAUAUUUCAGAUGGCGUACUCAGUUUCAUCGUAAAAGGAGGGUAAUCUGUUUUGUAGCGUCAUUUUGGCGGCCGAACAUAUAGGCUUUUAGGCACAAGAAUGAAUCCGUGAGAGGAAAUUAGCUCUGUAAUGUGUUCUUGAGUAAGGGCGUGCACGAGAAGAGUUUAAUGUUCUUAGGACACUAUUACCUUUGAGCGCGUCUGCUUCUCCUAGUCUGUUGUCUUAAUAUUGUUGUUAAACUUUGAAAUUCAUCUAUUUUUAAGUGAAUGUCACGUUUAGUCAAUAAACUAUGAAUGCUGUACCGCUUGGGCUAAAAAACAAGUAAAAGCUUGCUCUGGGACCCGGCGCAUUCGAACCUUUAGCGGUGCGUGUUUCAUUCGUGAGGAAAUGUCACUAUUGAAGGCUGUUACUGUGCCUUGUCAUUUAUUACGGACUCAAUGACCACGCUAUGUCUGGCACGGCUUUUCCUGAAAGGUUGUAAGAAGGAUAUAUUUCACUGAUACGUGGAUUGAAAACCAGCUGUACAACGAAUCGUGGAAUGCGUCUGUUUAUUUUCUGAUAAUCUGCUUUAGUCAAAAGAAAUCGCAGAUCGCCUGAUGUGUGAAUUGUACAUGGUACACUUCUUUAGCCUUGCUGAUAUGAAUGGAAAUGUUAAUGAGCGAGCUUUAAGGCAAUAUCGUGUUUACUUUCAUGCAGAAGUCGUGGAGGCUUUUCUCGCUGAGUAAUCGGGGUUUUUAAUCUACUAGUAUAAAUUUACGGGCCGCUGUUCUGGCUCGUAAGCACUGCAACUCUACCUUUUUCCACGGCGUCCUGAUAACCGUUAUUUUUCUCUGUUGACAAUGCUGUUUCUUUUCUUGUUACUUUGAUUAAAAUAUAAAGGAAAUCCACUUCUAUAGCCAUUGAACACAAUUAUUGCUCGAGCAGAUAAUUGUUAGCACUUGUGUUUUCGUUUCUAAGUCCGUAGAAGACAACAGCUAAAGCGUGAAAUUAUUGGUUAACUAUGUCCGGCUAGGAAUAAUAAAACUCUUCGAUCCACAUCGACGAGUGUAUAUUUGGAAUAUAGGCCAGGAAUGUGCAUGUACUUGAAUUCAUGAAUAUGGAAAUUAUUUAAAUCGUGAAUGGAAAGAGAUUUACUACAAUGUCAUUUAUCUUCACUUCUGUUAUGGCUCCGAAAUACCACAUCAAUAUGAAUUGACUUUGAUUAGAGACUUUUAAAAAAAUCUAUCCUGCUUGUGUGUUAAAUGGUUGAUUCUGCCUCCCUUUUUUUUUUUUUUUUUUCCUUCUUCUAAAUAAUCCUACUGAAAAUGAAAAUUCAGCGGUUAAAGGGUGUUUUAAUUUUUUCUCUAGAAGAGAAUUAUUAGAAUUAUUUUGUUUUUUACCUUGAAUGACUUCUGGUAAUCAAAACACAUGCAUAAGUAUUCUUGAAAUGGUUUUGUUAAUUAAGGACUCUGCGAUGAGAUAAAGGGAAAUAUUGGGCACUUCCCCAGAGAACCUAGAUGUUGUGUCUUGUUCCUCUCUAAGAAUGUCUUUGAACACUUGCUUUUGGCCUUUCAAUUAGACCUUUCCUAAACCUAAUUUCUUUUUUUGUUUUGUUUUCCUUUUUUUUUUUUUUGGUGAAUCAGUAAGCACCAUCGCUUGUUAUCAGUCUUUUGCAAAGAGGUACAUUUUUUUUUAGUCAGGUAAUAUUUCCUUAUAUUUAAUCCACAAUAUAGUUUUGACCACAAGGAAUGCAUUCUGAAAACAAUGUUGUAUUGAAAUAAGUAGGGAAGAUUUCCUUUAAGAUGAUACAUAAUUAAGCUUGGUGCUAACACUACUGCAGUCAUUCAGUCUAAAGAAAAGCUUGCUGUGUAUAGGAUGCUGGGACAAAUGGCAUUACUUAAUCAUAAGAAUCCUUCAACCAAUAGAAAGUCUGUUUAUUUCAGACUGUUCUAAAUUUGCAUUUGUCUCAGACUUUCAUUUGUUCAGAAAUGUUAUUUGCUUAUGCUUCUACCAUAGAAAAUCAAUAUUCUGUCAUUUAGAAGGAUCUAUUAGGUAAACUUAAAAAUGCAGUUGUACUCUCAGUAAUUAUGGCCCCCUGGUUAGAAAUAGUGAACAAGAGAAAGUGAAAUUAUUCACAUUUGUCAUGGUCCACGGUUAAAUGGCCUUUAAUUCUUCCAACUUAUCUGGAACCAACGUUUUCGUCAAGACCAUCAAUAAAAUUUGUGACAGCCCAUUAUAUAGCAUUUGACUUGGGAAGUUGGCUCCUUUAGUGAAUAGUGCAGGUGUUACCAAUUUUGUUCAAUUAUUUUUAUCACAAUUUUUUUUUGUAUACUAUUUGGCCAUUACUUUGAAUAUCUUUUAGUCUUUUACGUAAUGAAGAACAUGUUUAAGGGGAAUAUACAUUCUAUACUUGCUGCAAAUCUGCUAGAAUUAUAUAUCCAGUGUAUAAUUUUAUUAUUAUUAUUAUUUUCAUCUCUCAUACCCAGUACAUAAUUUUUUAUGUAAGACCUCAUAAAAAAUUAUUUCUAAUAUCCAGUCUUCUGACAUGUAUCUGAAUUCUUAAUUAAAAGGAAGCUUUAUGUGACUGGUGUCUGCUCUAGACACUUUGCAAAUGCGCCAGUUAAAAAAAAAAGAAGUGCAAGUUAUGUCUUAAUUUUGCUUUCAAGACAUAUCAUUAUUCAGACAAAACUUUGGCUGUAAAAAUUGAUUGCUUUUUGAGCAGAUGUUUCUAAAGCACUGAUUUGAUUUGUAGCUCUGUGAUUGUUCAUGUGCCCAUUCAACUUCCAUUUAUUGGAUAGAAAUGAAUACUUAGUGAUUUUAUAUUUAAGUGCCAAAUGCUUGCCUCAGGCAGAAAAAUGUUUUUUAGGUAAAAGUGGAUUUUUUCUUUAGUGUGUACAGUGCUUAAAUUUUAAUGUUCUCGAGUAGCCUGCAGAGAAUCUAGAUGCUUUAUACAGCUGUAUGCUUGUUGUGGUGGUUUCUGCCAAAAUUACAAUGCAAGUCAUCAGAUCUAUAGAAUAUUAUGAAAACCAGAAAUACACUUGAUUACAAAAUCCUGUUAUUCAGAAAUAUUGUUGACUCUUUCUCAGAAAAAAAAAAGCUUACUGCUUAGUCUUCUUUUCAGAAAUAACAAGUUGUCAACAGAUAUGUCUUGUUCUUGAUCAAUGUGAAGACUUUUGCAUCUCACUGUACUGCUUACUUAGUAAUUACAGAUUUGUGGGGAUUCAUCCACACAGAAGAUUUGAGUGUGGCAAGCAAGAUCUGUAUGUAUUUAGUUUUCAUUAUUUGAGCUCUUGGGUUCAUAAAUAAUUAUUGCACGUAUUUCUUUUCAGACUAUUCAUUAUCUCCAAGCUCAUCUGUUUCUGCGCUGACAUCAACUUCAAGUCUCAAUAUUCCACAAUCAUUGACAUUAAAUUCUACGGCACAUCACAAUACACCUCCUUCGCGUGUUAUUCACUGUAGAGCAGUUGCAGACGGUUGUAAAGAAACAGACUUGAUAAAUGUUCUUCAGCCAUUUGGGAAAAUUACGUAAGUAUAAAGAUAAUAUUUUAUCCAGUAGAUGUUCUUUUUGUAGGAAGUUACUGACAAGGAAUGUUUUCAUGGUAUCAAAGUGUUUCAAACUGAUUAUGAUGCGGUGAAAAUUACUUUUUGGCAUUUUUCUAUGAGUUUAUUUUAAUCAUUGUUCAUUACAAUUGUUUAAUCAAAGUUUGGGUUGUAAUCCACUGAAUAUUUCUGCUUUUACUCCUGCUUAUAGAAGGUAGACUUUUUCAAUGAAAAAGAAGUCAUUGAAUAUGUCUUUAAUUUAUUGUGUUACUAAUAAUUCUUGAAUUUCUUGCCUAGUAAAACAUGUGUCUCCUCCUUUUGAUUGCACAAUACUUUCUUGAUGUUACAUUAAAUGUCACCUUUUCAUUUUCGUUCUAAAUUUAGCAUUCAAUAAGGGUUGCAUGUUUUUUUCAAGUGAGGCGUCAUAUUAAAGUAUAUUUUGGCAAAAUUGUGAAAGGUUUUGCUGAUAUAUGGCAUCAGGAAUGGGAAAUAUUGUGCUAUAUAGCCAUUUAUGAUGGGGAGGUGGGAGGGGGGUAAGGCGUUGUUAUAUUUCCAAUCCCAAACAAUGCUGCAUGUUGGGUAAAGCUGGAAAAAUGAACUGAUCAAAAACAUAAGUUGUAGGUUACAUUUGAAACCAUGUUUGAUAUUACUUCAGUUUAGCACUUUUACUGCUGGAAAGCAUUUCUUCAGCAUUGAAAUCAUUCUCUUUGCCCUAUUCAUUACCAGUGGAAAGAAAAUUGAGAGUUUGAUAUCCUUUUAAGGCUGAAAGCUGACAGAGGUCUGAAUUUCAUGGAAAAAAAGGGUCAAAGAUCAGACAUUUUACACUUUUCUGAAAAAAAAAAUUAUUUGCCUUCUGCAGAAAUGCAUUUGACUCUUUAAUUCUGAUAAGCAAGCUUACCUUUAACUCUAUACAUUAUCCAACAAAAAGGGUUGAGUAUGUACAAACUUACCAACUAUCAUGUUUUCUUGUGAUGUAGUACCAAAUUCUCAAGACAUACUCACAAGGAAAUUUGUUUGAGCUAGACAGGAGAAUUGCUGUUUGUGGAUAAGAUCCUGGGAGUGAUAGGGUCAUAGAUUACUCAUUCUCAGGCUAAAUUUUUCAGAUAGAAUAAUCUUGCAGCCUUAAAGAGUUUUCAGGUUGAUUAUUUGAUAGUGUUUAUUAUGAAUAGGUAUUCUAUGAAAAAGGACUGUUUCGUUCUUGAUUCCAGUGUGCAACUAAAUGAAAUUUUGAAAAAUCCGGAAAUUCCUUGUCAAAGGCUUUAAAAUGACAAGGGCUUGUUCAGGUAGCAAAACAUGAAUUUUAAUACCACAUGGACCUUAUUUGAACCAAAAUGCCAAUUUUCUGGGCUUUGCUGAAAUGAGAACAUAAAUCACUUCUCAUUUAGUUAAAGUUAUAGGUAUAAUUUACUACUACCCUUCAGACUUCUGUCUCAAGAUAUAGUGCAUGUAACUCCUUUUUUGAGCCAGAUAUAUUUUUGAAAUGGUACCAAAUUGUCUUAAAAAAUGUAUUAUGCCUUGCUUUUAAAAUGUUUUGUCAGCUGCAAGCCUUUGGGUGAAUGUAAGUUUUUCCUUUUGUUAAUUGCUUGUAAAAUAUAAAACUCUUCUGUUGUGUUUUGAUCUCCUAAAGUUGAUUCCUCUCUGUCUGUUCAUUCCAUGGCAUAGACCUAUAUUCUGAGUAUUAUGAGAAAAGUUUUUACAGCUAAAGGAUAAUCUAAAAAGCUUUUGAAGUGGUGUUGGUCUUUCUGAAAGCUUCAUGUGUGUGUCAUAGAUUCAAAAUAACAAUCUUGAAACUAAAGUGAGAGAACAUUUUCAACACAUAGCUAAGAAUAAGAAUUCUGGCAUUGCUCCAAGGAAGGCUUUAAAUAUCUGUCCCCAAUGCUUGCUCUUCAAAUAAUUUCAGUCACGCUUCAAAUAAUUGAUUGUAUGCAGCUGUCUAUUUCAGUGAUAGCUGUUUUUUCUGCAACCAAAGUUCAUGUUAAUCUUCUAAAUACCUGGAAUUGUCAGAAAAUUACGUGAGGCAACUGACAGACCCUAAUGGCUUUCUUAUUUCACUACUCCUUGGAGAUUAAAAACAGAUCAUUAUCUCACUGUCAAGCCAGUAUUUGCAGCUACAAGAUUGUAGUUGGAAUAUUGUCAGUGGAUUUUUAUCAACUGGCAAGAUCAAACAUUUUCAAAAUGUAGAAAUUUCAAAUCUUUGGCAUUAAUGCAAGAUUCUUCCAGAAUCUCAGUACAUAUGUAUGUUUACUUUUUUCUCACACUAGGGCAGUUUUUUUUGCUCCGAAAGCUUGGAUGUCAAUCACCACUAUAGUAUAGCAGACUUAGUACUUUGAUAUUUGUUCUUCUGACCUUUGAUAUCAACAGAAUAUUAUUGUAAGUGGCCAUGCUGACCCAAGGAAAAUUUAGUAGCUAUAUCAUUAUUUUGUCAGGUUUUAAUGGCUGUAAUACUUCAAUCUAUUUGAACUUUUUGUUAUUAUUAAAACUUUUGUUCAUGCAGCAUAUGAUUAUUAUAGUUUGUGAAUUCAGUAACAGGAUAUGACAUGCAGAUGUUUUGUUGAUUACAAGAUAAUGUACAUACGUCAUUUACAUGUUCAUUUGCAUGUAAAAGGUCACGCCACUCCUUUGCAUAUGUUCAGACAGAUGAAAAUUUUUGCCACAAUUAGAGUUGUAAACACAAUGACUUAAAGAGUUAGCAAUCAGAUAUAUUUAGACAGCCUUUAAACUUAUUUUCCUCAUCUUGGCAAAUUUAAGGGUGGCAUUUUGCCUUUACGUGUCUUGUUCUUUGUGCCUUUUGAAGUACACCUUAAUUUCUAGUAUAAUGUAACUUAAUGCCUAACACUGAAUGUAAAUCUGUAGUAGGAGUACUUUAGACACUGCUGUUCUCUGUUGUGAUGUGAGAAGUUCAAUUGUGUAUUUAUUUUUCAAUUCUUAUUUUGAAUAGUAAACUUAUCUCAAUUAGGAAAUUUGUUCAAUGUGGAGAUGUUACAUUGUUCUCUUCCAUUGACCUUUCAUGUUGUGUCCAAACGGGCGCCUUUGUUUUCUUUCAUCUCAACCGGAAACCGUAAGGUGCUAGGGGGGAUGAUGGAAUUGCCAAUGCCUUGGAGAAUGUCAGCUUUUGAGGAUGGGUUUAAAAUAAUCUCCAAGUUAUCUUUGAUUAGCUGAAAGUGCUAGAACCCUCCACAAUUAAAAACAGAUCUGACUACUAAAUGACGUCUGAUGCUUUGUUCUUUUAUGUAUACAUGUAGCUUCUCUUUGUAUGCACAUGGCAGUUUUAAAUGUGUUCCUUUUUCUCACCCAGGAACAUGUUCCUGAGAAUAAAGUACUAAUGGACUCGCUAAUUAGUCUGACACACUUUAAAAUUGUGGCUAUCAUGUUGUUGUAUUAGCUGAAAGUCGGUGAAUUUAUGUGGUAUGUGCACCCACUGCUUAUGAAUUUUGGAAGAGACAAAACAAAUUAGACAAGGCAAAGGUCAAGUUCUAUUUUCUGCUCAUAUUUUUGGGGUUGAUGUAAGAUCCAACUUCAUUUAAAAGGUAUUUGUACAGGAUUAUUUUUGUCUGAAAUUGGUUGUUUUCUGUUAAUGAGAAUAUUUCCGUUGUGGCGCCGGGUUAAAAGCUUAGUAAUUAGCAACUGUAGUUAAUCACAUUGUACAGGAGCCUCCUGCAGUAAAGAUUGCUCAUUAUACACAGUUAAGCAUAAAGUCCAAGGAUUCCGGAGUAACAAUAUAUAUUCUUUCAAUAACUUGUUACCAUUCUCAAGAAAUGGCAGAGGAGAAGAAUGCUCCCAUACUUACAUAUUCAGCAUAAGAAGGACUCUCUUUUAGUAACAAAGUUGAAGGAAACUAGUCUCUGUGUCUGAAAAAGUAAUGGCUCAGCACACUGAAAUUUAGCAGUUGAAUUUUGUGAAUUAGUAGGUAGAGAAUUAUUAGAUCUCCAAUGUCCAUUACGAACACCUUGCCUCCCUGCCAAAAUUACAACAUUAUUUGCCUCUUCCCUGUCUGACUUUCAAUAAAAGCUGGUUGUUUGUAGUCAACUGCUCUACAAGGCCCACUUGAAAAAUUUUGAAUUGGUACUCCCAAACUUCAUAACUGGCAUAACUGGAAUUUUUUCACAUAAAAAUUAUGGAGGUCAAGGAUUGAUUCAAAUAAUACUUUUAGUGACUGCCUGUAAGAGCUCACAUUUGACCAUUACUGUCAGGUAAAAAUUUAUACCCUAAAUGUCCUUAAAACUUUUUUCCUGAGUGAAAAAGACAAAAUGCCCUACAGCAUUAAUCGUGCAACUUCCACUAUACAUAAUUGUCUACUUAAUGUUCAUCACAUGGUGUCAAGGCAUGGUAUCUGAAAAAUUAGUGGAGUGGACUCUGCUCUGAAGACAACUUGCGCCAUGGCUGGGGUUUUCAAAACAAGCGUGGUGACUGUUGGAGUUCCGCUGGCUACGUGAUAACAUGUUGUCAGUUAUUCUGGUCAAAAUAAUUACCUUUUAGCCCUUAGUGAACUAUGCACAGUCACCUACUUUUUCAGAGUCUGAGGUCUAAAACAGUUUGAAACCCCUGCAUGGAUUUAAUAACAGGAAAAGUUACUUCACUCUUUGAGUAGAUGACUUCAUCUACUAACAGUGGCUGCCAACAUAUUGUUUGCAAAAGGCAGAGGAUCACUUACAAGUUACAAAUGUUACAUCCAGGGUAUAAAUGAGCUCAGUAAAAGAUAUUUUAACUAUCCUGAGUUUCAAAGAGAAUGGGACCUUCAAGAGUUUGUUUCCUAUCAAUGGUACUGUAUUUAUUCAGUUUAGUGCCACCCCAGAAUAACUACUGCAUGUUAGAGCAAUUCAUUAACAAACAUCAUUGUAUAGGUUUGGAAAAAUUUUAUGAACACUUUGGGGCAUAGUCCACAAAGAGAUAGGAAUAAAACCUUAGAGGACUAUUAUCAUGUCUUACAUAGAUGAUUCUCUCAUCUCUGUAGGUGUGUCUCUUAAUUAAGACAACCUUUAUCUCCUAAUUUUUGUGUCACAAGCAGAAUUUGUUUGGUUGUGAACUUGGCAAUUGGCCUCAUAGUUUCUUGGAAAGUUGAACAUUAGAUCAACAGUUUUGUCCUCUCACAAGAGGAGACUUUUGGCUCUUGAGCCAGGAAUCAUUCCUAAAAUUACACAUGUAGAUGCUGCUUACUCAGGACAAGAUUCACCCCAUGUAUUUGGGUGGUUACUUAUUUUGGGGAACAUUUUAUCUCCACAUGAAUUCCCUGAGGAUUUUCUUUUUUCUUUGUCAAACAACUUUUUAGGGUAAGAAUCUUGUAGAAAGGAGUUUAGAUUGAAACUGAAGGCAGGAACCAUUUGGCUAAAAGCAUUGGAUAGUCAUUAAGCAAAGCCCUCACCUGAAACUAAAAUGGCAUGAUGAAGAGAAUUUCAUUUUGAUUCACAAUUUCAUUUCUGUUCGACAAUCUCAAUGUUGCCUGCAAUAUUGUGGUACUCAUCAUCCUCUUACUUUCUACAAGUAAACUAAAACUACCUGUGGUCCAUGAUGUCCAGGUUUUUGAAAUGUUGUUCUGAGGCCAGGGGUGGGGAGCUUGAAUGGUGAUGUGGCUUUUUAAGUUGUGAGAGACUUAACAGUAAUAAAGGGAGGAGAAAAUGAACCUAUCCCCUUGACGCCUUGGAUGAUAUUUGACAAUUGUCAUUUCUUACCACUUUAAAUGUCCUUGUUUAUAAGUUUUGUAGAAUUUGGUCUGUUAUCAUUAGUCGAGAAUAGUCUUAUUGGUUUGUCAAUAUGUUCACAUCACUCUUUAAAGGGAAAUUUACAUAUGCACCCUUAACCCUAACCCUUAGUCACAGACCAGUAACAUCUAAGAAUUCCUUUGAAGUGCUAAAUAGUUUUCUCUUUUAACCUCUAAUCAAUGCAUUGCAUUAUCUAAUGAUGUAUAUCAUGUGACAAUGCCUGAUGUGUAUGUUUUUUCUUUUUCAAUGCAGAUAUGUGACUUUAUUGCCAAAAAUUAGACAAGCAUUGGUGGAAUUUGAAGUAAGUUGGCAAAGCCAAGUAAUACAUAAUUUAGAUACUUAUUAAAGGCAGUAUACAUUUAAAUUAGGGCUCUCUGCCCCCUUUAAGGUAAUGUAAUGUUAUGUUAUGUUAAGGAAAUUAAUGUGCGACAAGUUUGAUAUUUACAACUAUUCUGUUGAUAUGGUGAGAAGUACAUGUAAAUUCAAAUGAGCAGUGAAUUAUUUCAAUGUCCAAUUUAAACUCACUUUCCUUUGUACAAAUGAAAUAAAUUACCAUUUUGGCAUAAAAGCAACAGCACUGUUGCCAAUGUAUUUUUAAGUUAGGAAACUGAAAUCUGCUAUGUUUAGAAUUGGUUGCGGACUGUUUUUAAUCUGCCUAGACUGGCAAUAAGAUUGUGAGCAUAGAAUUUCCAAAGGUGGGACUGAUAAAGAGGUUGAAUCUCAGCAAGGAAUUUUGUGUAAGUCCACUAAAUCCAUUUUGGUUUGUCAGCCAUAAAUGUGAAGACGUCGAAGAAACAUUACUUCAGCAUGUAUUGUGUAGAUUUGAUGUUGGGAAAUUUUUACCACAUUUUGACAAAUCCAUGUAGGUUUGCCAGCCUUAAAUAUCUAGACAUCUUAAAAACCUUACUUAAGCAUGUAGAUCUGUAUGUCUGGAAUUUUUUCUACAUUUUGAGUUCCUUGUGGUGGAAAAGUAUGGAUGAGGGUUGAAAAGUUUUCUAUCCUUUUAGUUAUUGGUGGUUGAAAUUUUCUAGGGCCAAGAUGUAUUUUUGAUCAAAUUUUAUUGUUUUCUUCUAAAUUUAUUCAAAAUUUAGGAACUCAGUUGUGAAUAUUAAGGCAGGUUUUGUUUGAUAAAUUUCUUUUCUUGUGAAAAUCGGAGUACAACAUGUUAAAAGGCACGACUUCAGCAGUGAACAGAAGUCAAACAAUAACAAAAUAAGUUUUUGUAUUUACUCCAUUUUGAACCACUUGCUCUUGCAUCUAAUUACAUUCCCGGUUGACGGAGAAAUCGCAUGACUAAAACUGGCUUCCUGUUCAUGACAAAUGUACAUACACCGCACCUUGUAAUUAAGCAACUUUGAGAUUAUGCAGGUAGGUAUGUAUCUUUACCUGCUGAAUUUGACAUUCUGCUAUGUAAAAUGUUCGUGUCUGGCACCAACCCAAGGAUACUAGUGUGGUAAUCUUCGAUACCUGUCAAAAGAUAUUUCCUUUGUGAGCAGUCACUCCCAAGCCUUUUAUAGCAUUUGCCUUUCAUAUCAUUUGUCAUCGAGAGAAGCAUUGAGAAGUGGCAAUUACUUCAGAUCUAAGUAUAUUUCUAGGUUUAUUUUUACGAGGAAAAAUAAGCAUUUUUCUUACUUGAUAAGUAAAAAAUUUAUAUCAAUCAAUUUUGGUAAAAAAUAGUAUAUAUUUUGGUCAAAAAGUUUUUAAACCAGUUUGAUUUUGUUCUCUUUCAUUUAAAAACUGUGAUUAUGAAUUGAAUAAUGUACUUUUGGUUUGAACCACAAAAUACACACCUCAAUGCCUAAAUUUGUGGAGUUUGUGUGUGAUUUUUAGGCGAAAGAUGUUAGAGAAAGCUGCAUGUAACAGCUCAAAUAUUUGUAUUUCAUUAUUUCCACAGGAUAUUGAUUCUGCUGUAGCUCUGGUUUCAUUUUCGCAGGUGAGACGUAUGUGAUUGUGUACAUUUUCAAGGAGGCAAUUUAGCAAUGUGCAUUCUCUUUACAUUAAAGCAUUAGUAACUUGUGUCUCUAGGAUUUAACUCUGGUAAAAUGAGUGAGGUUGAUGUACACAAAUGGAAAAUGCCUUGCUUAACAGAAGCUCAGUUUGACAGUCCGUAGAAAAAGACACCCAUAUCUAGAAAUGCCUUGUCUGAUAGAUUUAUUGGAAACUUCUUGGAAAGAUUGUGCAGAUUGCAGGGAAAAAGUUUCUGCCCUGUGACAGUGUGUUGAAAGAAAGGAGUUGCUUGCAAGGAUAUGCUUUUCCCUGUGUGGUUGGUUGAUGCCAAAACAUUUUGUUUGAAUCAGAAUAAUCAUAACUAUGACCAUCUCUUUCUUGUACAGUCAAAUACACUCACUGUACUUGGUAGACAAAUGUUCGUGAAUUACUCCAAAAGUCAAGAAAUAAAGAGGUAAAUAGUAAUUGUAAUAAUAUAUUUUUUAAUCAAAUGUUGCAAUCCGUAAGGUGUAAAAUGGAUAACAAAGAAUCGUUUGUUACAUUGUAUCCAAAACAUGAAACCAAAACACAUUAGGGAAACUUUGCACCUUUCUCCUGUUGACUCAGUAGUCUCUAUUUCCUUCAGUCCCAUAUUUUAAAGUUUUUUUCUCAGGGAUUGUAAAAUUGGCUGUGUGCAACAGAUGUAGCAGCAUAAUGCUUAGGAUGGUGGACUCUGGGUCAAAGGGUCCAUGUGCGAUAUCUGGUCUGGUCAUAGAGUUUUGUUCUUAGACAAGAGACAUUACUCUAUCAGCACCUCUCUCCAUCCACAUGUACAAAUGGGCACCAGUGAACUAUCAUCGAAACCUGUGGAAAUACAGGGGAAGGGGAGAAGGCGAGGGGGAGGGGGGUGGUAACCUGGGCUGGACGUGUACCUCAUCUAGGGGUACUAGCAACACUUCUGACUGCUUCAUGCAACAGAAAUGGGGACGAGCUCAGGCUGGAUGGGCCACUUGCAAAGACUUGACUUUUUUUCUCAUAAUCCUUUUAACUCCCAUGAGUGACCAAGACAGAAUUUUGCCUUAAAAUAUCAACACAAUAUCAAGCAGACACUUGAUGAGAAUAAAGAAAAAAAAUAUUAAUGAGGGAAUUACAAGUUGACCCAAUACAAAUUCUCCAAACUAACAUCACAAGAACUGUAUGGUAGACAGUAAGGAGAAUUAUUAAUGAGAUCUUGAGAGUUAAAGGGAUAAACAGUGGCUGAAUAGUGACCCUGGGCUUCCAACCUUAGAUUGAGAGGUCUGGGUGUGGUCUGAACCUACAGCUCUAGUGUUUGGUUUAUCUGACACUGUUAAAAUGUGCGCUAAAUCCUACUCAAACUGUGUUUAACCUUAGAAACUUUGUGUGCAUAUCAUGCCUGUGACUAAUCAAGAAUCUCUUUCCUUUUACAGGGAUAAAGUUCUCAAUGGUGAAAGUAAUGGAGCCUCUUCAGAAGCUAGUAAUAUUCUCCUUCUCACAAUAAUCAAUCCUUUACAUCCAAUCACAGUGGUAAGUGUCAUAAAGAUCCAAGAGAAAAUCAAAAUUGAAGAUUGCAAAGUUUAAAAAUUGUGGUGCAUAGAUUUUUCUUUAAGAAUCAUGAAAUUUUUAGUAAUUUAAUGUCUUGUGGAAUGUGUUGUUAGCAUACAUGCAAAAAUGAAAUUUUUUUUGUUUCAGGCAUGCUGGAAGAUCAGUUUUCCUUCAUUAUUAUUUUCUAGACUUCAUAUAUAUUGGCAAGGUUACUUGUCUAUAAAUUAAUGUAGUUAAGGAAACUAGUAUGGGUAAUCCACGCAUAUGUCUUUCUAAUAGGCUAAAUUCUGGUCAAACUUAACCAUACUAACCUUUUGGGCUGAUAAGGUUACAUUCCUUUAGUAAUAUGAUCUUCAAAAUCAAAAAAUAUUUUAAGGCAUUUACAUGUAAGAGCUCAUAAACACCUUUUCUGCCCAGACAUUCUGCAUUCUCUGAAGGCUAGUGGCUUUUUAUUUCAAGUAUUUGACAAGAGAAGCUUAAUAUUGCAUGGACUGUAGUCUGUCAAGCUCAUGUAGCAUGAUUCUAACUUUAUAUGUCUUUGAAACAAAACUUAAAUUUCACCAAUAAUGUUGGUAUACUUUUGGCAGUACAAUUCAUGGAAACAGAAAGUUUAAAUUUUGCUACAAAUGGAGGCUACACUAAGCACAAAAUAACCAUUAAAUUUUUCUCAUUUUUGCAUGAAACAUUUAGAGUGGAUAAAGUGGCUUUGUGCCUAUGUCUUCCGGUGCAGAGAUAGUGGUGUGAUUUUCUUUAACUGGCUUCUGGAAUAGACUUAAAUUUAUGGAACACACAGUUGAUAUAGUACAUGUUUUUUAAAUUUCUUCCCUCACUGAUGGUGAACAAAAAUUAUUCCAAUUGUUCAUCAAUUAUUGAUUGAGUAAAUUUAAUGAAAACUGUCUGAUUGACAGGUGGUGGUUAUUUCGAUAAUUAAAUCUGUUUACAAGCUAUUUUAAUCACAAUAACUCUAAUUAUUAUGGGCUUUAUGUUGAAAACACCUUGAGCAAAAUAGUAUAAUUUAAUUUCUUCCUCUAGAAAGCUUUUGUGUACUUGUAAUAGUUUUCACAGCGUGCAUUUCAACACUGAUUAGCAUAUUUUUUGGAUAUCUCUAACUGUUUACUGCAACAACAAGAAAGUGUGUAGGUCCAAAGAACAACACAAAUUAUUUGCUUUUCAUGAUUUUCAGUAGAUUGUAGUUAAAUUUGGAAAUAUUCCAACGAAAUUUUUGAUAAGGACUUUCCAUGUUAAUUCUAAGACAGAUUUAUUUCUUAUCUGAGCAGGCUUAGUUGAAAUGAAUCCCUUCAUUUUUUUAGAAAUUUUAUUUCUCAAACCUCCAGAUAAAAGAUGUUCUGAUCAUUUUUGACAAUAAGUUGAUUAAACUGAUCACAGAUUAUAAGAAUUAUCUUUAUCAAAGAAAUCUUGGUGUGAAAUUAUUUUUUUGUUUUGCAUAACAGAAAAGCAGUACUCUAGGAAUGUUAGACAUUCCACAGAUUAUGACCUUGGGAAACUUAACUUACUGAGAUUUUAAAUUUAUAUCUGAUUAGCUUCUGAACUUUUAUCAAACACAAUGUAGAGAACAUCCAAGGUGACAACCUGAUUUGGCCAGAAAAUCUUAAUGAGAUUUUGGUGUUUUAUUAGAAUUUCUGUGGACAGACAAACAUGUUUGAAAAGAAAACCAUAAACAAAAAGAUUUGCAUAUUUGCUGAAGCUAAGAAGAUUUUUAUUUUUCAGAUUCAAAAAUUUCUACUCAAAAACAAGUAGAAUUUUGAAAUUUGUUUUUCAGAAGGUAAAAUAACAAUUUCACCAGCACAGCCUGUGUUAGGGUGAUCACUGCAUUCUGUGCUUUGUUUUGUAAUCUUCUUUCCUUUACUGUUUAGAGGCACUUUAUUACACAGAGAUUCCCCUCUCCUCCAGAUUCCACCUGUUCAGUUUCUCUCAAAUGAGAGUUGUGCAGUGGAAAUGAAAAUUCAGCUUUCAGGUGUGACUGCUUUAUAUUUACCAGAUGUUUGAUGUAUUUUUAACAACAUUUCUCUCCUUAAUUUGUUUCUGUCUCUAGAAAGUACUUCAUAAAAUAUGCAGCCCUCAUGGAAAAGUUUUAAGAAUUGUGAUCUUUCACAAGAAUGGAUUGCAAGCUUUGGUUGAAUAUCCUUUGAUAAAUUCCAUUAUUUCAAAUGAAAAAAUCUACUUUAUCUGCCCCAAAACAUAACUGUGUUAAAAUUGAUGGAUAAGGUCAUGUGUUGUUCACUUAAUGUGUUAACUCUUCAGCCCCUAAGAGACUAACAUCCAAUUUCUCCUUACAAUAUCACCCCUGAAUCUAACAUGAAAGUCACGAGAAUAGAGGAGAUGAUCACCAACGAAAGCAGCUCUUGAUUGUCAAACAAAUUCUCCUUGUCAGCCUCUUUGGAAAUGUUUGGAGGACAUUAUGGAGAAUAUGCAUACUUAUGUUAGGGUUAAGUGUGGGAGAGAUCUCACGGUCUCGCUCUAUUAUAGAUAGAGAUCAUUAGGAAUUUAUAUGUUAAGCUGAAUUUUUCUUUCAUUUUGGUUGGUAGUUAAUUAUGAUCUAUUGGAGGAAAGUUGCAUAGAUUUAUCUAAUAAAAUAAGUAGACUCCAAAGUGGGGUGUGUCUUCAGUGGAAGAUCUCAGAAGGCGUCAAAAUUGAGGUAAGAACAUUGGUGACAUUUUCGUGGGUUGUAUUUUUUGUUUUUACCCCAUUUUGAGAUAAUCAUCGAUCAAUUGCUGAACAGAGGCACUGCUAUGUGGAAUCUAUAUAUUUAACAAUUAUCCUAUCCUUGACCAUUUUCACAUUUGACAACGUCGAGGCAGCUCAGCGAGCUCUUGCAACACUCAAUGGACAAGAUAUUUAUGCGGGAUGCUGCACACUGAAGAUUGAUUAUUCAAAGGUAAUUAGCUUUGAAUUAUGGGUCCUUCUGGGCUUCUUCACAUUUCAGUGCACAUCUGUGAUUGGUUAUAGAAUUCAAAUUUAACUAUUUAACUUUUUAACUGCAUUUUUGAAAGAUGAUUCUCAACCAGUUCAAGUGAUGCAAAGAUAGUGAGGACAAACUGGAUACAACAUCCUCAAAUACUCUUUAGUGCCAGAUGACAUAUCAUGGAUUUUUUUCCCUUUUCUCAACAGAAAGCUAAAAAAUUAAAUGUUUUUAAAAAUGAUGAUGAAACAUGGGAUUACACUGGAGCACUGAACAAUAACUCAGGUUUGUAAAAGCAGUAGAACCUUAAACCUUUGGCUAGAAUCCUGUUACCACUUCUCUGAGUAGCCAAAGAACUGUAAGAUUUUAACUUAGACAAGUGAUCAACAGGUAACGUCUUACAAAGAGACCUACCUGACCCAUGUCAAUAAUUUUCCAGCAAGAAGCUACUUCCUUAAGGAUCUCGUAAGAGCAAAAUUUAGAAGCAAACACAAGUAAUACACAAAGAAUUAUGGAACCUCAUGCAAGGACAAGUUGCAGGCAAUUUGCUUUUGGUAACAUGGAUAAUUUUUGUGUACUUCUUUGUUCCUCGGAGUUAGGUUUUCCAUGAAACAAUCACAAGUUAAGAAGGAUAUGCACAACAUUAUCUGUCCCUGUGAAUUAAUGCUUAGUGUGGUGACCUUAUUACAAGCACACAUUUUUCAUUUGAAAUAAUUGGUAGGAUAGGAAAUGAUGUUACCUGCUGACCAGAAAAAGGGAAAUGAUUUUCGGUCACCUUCAUACUAACGUAUUAUUUUCUACACUUACAAGGGAUCCCAAGCAAGACAGCUCUUCUUGGGUCUGGGCUCUUGUCUGCAAUUUCAGGUAAGCACUGGUAACUGCAUUCAUUUGUAGCUUUUUACACAAGCAUAGAGGGAAACAAUUUAGGGAAAGAGUGAGGAAAAAAUUAGUAAAACAAAUAGAGGAAAAGAGAAAACAAGAACUUCAAGGGUUAAAUAAUAUUUGGGUUGAGAGGCUUUAAAAGUAAGUAAUCACCCCCCCCCCCCACCCCACCCCCCCAUCCUAAAGUCCUAAAGAAAGGGGAAUGGUGAGUUGAAAGGAAACCUGGGGAUGACGAAGCAAGACAGGAUAUUCUCUCACCUUUUUUACCAGUCCCCUCAUUGUUGCAAGUGUUGAAUGUGGACUGGGCUAGUUUUAACAAGAGGUUAUAUAAUGUUGACAGAGAAGAAACUUUCCUUGCCCAUAUUCAUCCCUUUUACAAUGAGUAUCAUGGUAUUGCCCCCCUUUGGUUAUGCAGGAUUUUCACAGUAGCUGGAAACUAGUAGUAAAAAAUUAUGACAAGAUGUACCAUUUUAUUUUUCAUAAUCAACAAACAUGCCAACAGAGGCAGAACUUUCAUUUGCAUUUUAUGCAUUAUCAUGCUACAAGUAAACUGUAACGGAAUCUUUUAAUUUUACAAUGAAAUUUUCAUUCAUUUUAUGAUUCCAGGAAAUGAUGCCAGUGAGACGCAGUUGUCAAGUUCACCACCGAACACUGUCACUCUUAAUGGUAAUAUGACUGAGUAACAAUUGUACACAUGCCAUCAGUCUUGUUUAAUGAUUUGCCGCUACGUCAAGGUUCCUGCAAAUCUCUGAAAGUUUUAAUUCAAUAAUUCAUUUCCCAGGCCUUUUAAGUCUUGGUAUUGGGUCAUGGAUUCAAGGAGGGAUAUUAAUAUUGGGGGAAGUAUAAGUAAGGAAAACACAUGUGUUUAUCACAUUCAGCGGUCUCAUGUCAUUAAAUUUCUCCGUCAGGUGUGAAUGGAUCACCAAUUUCCAUCAGUAAUGAGGCUAUUGCAAGAGCAGCGCAGUUUCCCACUGUACAAAGUGAGAUUGAUUUAAUUUUAUUUUAUAACUUAUUGUAUAAUUAGACCACGCCUCACAUAGGUGAUCAAUGUAUAGGGAACUUUCACAUGUCUGAGUCAAGCAUCAAGUACAAUUCUGCCCAAAUAUCUCAAGUGUCCGUGGAUGGUCAGUGUAAUCUCCUUCAACCAUCCUUAGACUUGUUUACCCUUCAUUGUGAGUUCUCAUGAGAUGUUAUUCUAGAUCCACGGAGCAUGAAUUUGAAUGUCUGAGUCUGGUUGGAUUUAAUUUUAUACGUCUUAAAUAGCCCUGGAAAUUUUUCAACAGAGCCUCCUUCACAUCAAUAACUUUAAUUUUAAAGGAUUCUUCCAGACAAUGGUUGUUGUGUAUGCUCCUCUGUGUCUGUUGUAAGGGUGUACAUAGACAGAUGCUGUUACAUAUCGACUAAAAUAAGGAAUUGCGUAAAUAAAAGAGGCAACUCAUUGGAAUCAACUGUCUUCUCAUUUCUCAGGUAUUCUAGCCAAAGUUGCAUCUCUUCAUGGGAACCCGCCUAAGAGUCCAACAUCAGGUAUGAAGACAGCAGAAUUUAUUUUUUCUUAUUUGUCUUUUCCUUUUAUACUUUAUGCGUCAACACAUUUUAAAAUGAAAAAAUGUGAGGAUAGAUUGUGUUCGAAGGAUUCCAAAUAACGAUUGCUCAGAGUGAGAUGAGUUCAAGAUUAUGAUGAUGUCAAUUUUAGUUCAGUUGGUCGUAAGUUAAAGCCUGAGUGGGGUUUCAUACUCUUGUGUUACCUCUCCUUUUGGCAGUGAGGGUGGAUAUCGCUUGAGGACUGAAUCUCAAGAUAUCUGUGGUCACCAGUUACAAUGAAGAUUUAAAAUAGCAACGACAAGCUGUCGUACUCUUGAUUCGUAGAAUUACAACUAUAUUGUUUGCUGAACCUACUUUUGCUUUCUCUGUGACAUCAGGUAGCAACUCACCUGUGGAGAAUGUAGUGAAAAAGUUGGGUAUCCUUGGAAGCUCGCCGUACCAGUUACCUCAGGGUGGACUCUUAGGAGCUCUACCAGGCCUGGCCCAACAGCAGCAACAGAUGAAUGGCAUUUCUAGCGCUUUGAACGCAGGUUUGUGAGACGCUUCCUGGCAAUUGUUAGCUGAAACCCUCCUCUUUGCCAAAUCUGUCUUAAUCCACUUUCCAACGGCCAUUUUCUUUGCAUGAUGUUUAGGGUCACUUAAAUUAUAAAUUUAAGUUUUAAUUACUCAGACUGACAAAUUCCAACUGUUUUAAGGUGGCACUGGCUGUGUGUUGAUGGUUUACGGACUGAAUGCUGAAAAAAUGAACUGUGAGAGAAUCUUUAACUUGUUUUGUCUAUAUGGCAACGUCGUCAAGGUAAAUAGAUGGCAAAUGAAGUUUUAAAAUUGUGGGAAGUAUGGCUCAAAAUGUGUCUAAUGUUUCAAAGUCAAGUUUUUCGAGGAAACCUUGGGGUAUGACAAGUCUGGUAAUCGGGGUAAACCAGGUGAUUCUAUCGUCAAAUCCUGACGUAACCACCCAUUCAGAGUACAUGCUCAACAAAAACUACACACGCUGCCAUUUUCUUUUUGCAAGUGAACAAAAAUAGAGAUAAAGUUUGGAAUUGAAGGAAAAGUUUAAAGUUCCCUCUUGUUCCGUAAAUAGCACUCAAUUACUUGGCUGAAUGUCUUGUAGCCAGCGUUUUGUCUGGGUUAACCUCUGUUGCAGAAUAUUUAAAACGUUGUCCAACCUAGUUUGCAUUGCUACCUUGUUGGCUGCGUUAUGUUCGUGUUGCAACUUGGUCAAAUUUUGAGUCUGGAAAAAUAUACUUUUUGAAUGGCAAAAGCCGUCCAUUUAGGGUUCAAAAGCAGACAAUAGAAACUUCUUGAACUAAUCUUAAGGUUGUGUUUUUUAGGUUAAAUUCCUCACCAACAAACUAGGAGCGGCCAUGGUACAAAUGUCGGACAAAGUUGCUUCAGAAAUGAUCAUCCGAAACUUGAGUGGUGCCGUGCUUUUCGAUUCCAAAAUCAACAUCAUGUAAGCUUUUUGUGAAACUUUUCUAUCACUAGUGCUUUCCAACACGGUCAACGGCACAAUAAGAAUUGUUUAUCAGUCUCUACACUGUGAAGCAGUGUCUUGAGUGCACUACUUUCAAAAAAAAAAAAGGUGUACUUAAUGCAACUUUUGUACUACUUGCAGAUUUUCGAAGCAUCCUUUCAUAGCAGAUUCAUCGGUGGUGACGACUUUACCCGAUGGUACGCCUUCGUCCAUGAAUUUUGCUGACAACCGAAACAACCGGUUUAAAUAGUAAGUUUUCACUUUUUUAUUCUUGCGGACUACUGACAGAUAAAAAUAGCUUUCAGCAGGCUCAGUCUUCACAUGAUAUCUUUCCAAGUGUGAUAGUAAUAGCAAAAUCUUCAACGUGCGACUACAAUACCGAGAGCAGCGAACUUGAUUCAUAUUCUCUACAGGAGUGAGUAGUUGAUACCGCUACACAAUUCCCAUAUAAGGUGACGCGUUUGGCUUAUGGUUGGCGCGUUAAACUUCAGAGAGGCCCUGGUUCGAGACCUGGCCGGGUCAUUGUGUUGUAUUACUGGGCAAGACACCUUAAUUCUCAUUAUGCUUCUCUCUAAACAGGAGUAUGAACUCUUUACACCCUAACAUCAGUAUGCAUCUUCUCUACACAUUUCCUAAGUUGCUGACAAGGAGAACGUGUUUAACAAUUAAGAGAUUCUUUAGUUGGUGAUCAUUUCCGUUGUUCUCGUGUAGACUGCCGCGCCUUGUAGUCCUCUUGACUCGGGUACAACUUUACCUUACCUUUCUCUAAUUUUGUUUCUUUGUUUUAUUCGUAGUCUUCCUGAGGGUCAGAGUCUCAAGAAUAGUAUCCUUUUCAAAUUCUCUAAUGAUUCUUUCCAAAACAAUCAGAUACCAACCAAAACUAACUCGCGAUGAAGUUACGGCUCUUUUCUGCGCUUGGCACAGGUUAAAGGGUUUUUGCUGUGAGCUCCUAUUUUAAUGCAGAAUUCUGGGCAUUCGUCAAUUUGGAAGUUGAUUACGCGUGGGUUUAACUUAGCGAUGAAAAAGUCCCAUUUAAACUCCUUUCUUUGGAACGUACUCGUAGCAAAGGGGCAUUCGAUAUUAUAAGUCGUUUGUUGGGGAUGUGAAAAGUCUCUUGUCCAUUGAGAUAAAAAGGUAGUUAGUAAAUUCCUUAACUUGUAACUAGGAUACCAACCACCAACAAGAAUGCUUCACUUCUUCAAUGCCCCUCCAAACUGUACUGUGGAAACGCUUAAGGAGGUCAGUCUACAAAGAUUAUUUACCAGUUAUUUGAGAACAGCUUUUCGUUCACUAAUGCCGAAAUUUGCCCAAGAAUUUCCAACUCUCAAAGCGUGAGCGAACCUCCGACUCUAAGACAGGGCUCGAGUCUUAUCUGGUUUAAAUUUGUUGUGAGUCUCUAGCAACAGGUAUACGCUACAAUGAGCUGAUUUGCUGCGAUUUGCCCGAUAAGGUUUUGGGAGUAAGGUUAAAGAAGCAUUUCCUGCUAUCUGGCAAGGGGUCAUGUUUCAUUCAGCUUUUUCUCGCUCCUUGCCCCUGUUCUCUUAGCCAGUCUUUGGGAAUAAUUGAUUGGUUUAUCUAUUUUGCAGGUCUUCAUCACUGCCGGAUCUUUGUCUCCUCUGAAAGGCACAUUCUUUUCAAAAGGCAAGACCGGUUAAGAUGUUAUUGGUAUUGUAUUUAAACAUGCUCUCUUGAGCUCUGUCUUCUUUUCAAGAACAGCUUUUUACCCUGACCCUGCCACACCUACAGUCUGAGACAAAAUGUGGAGGAGAAACGUCCAAUUUGGUAGAAAACUUUCUUAGUAAGCUGCAGCACCUCCAGCCUCCCCUCCCCACCAACCCUUUCUUCCCCCACACACACACCGGUGUUGGUUAUCACAGAAUUGUGAACAGAUGUAACUCGAAGAUUGCUCUUUGAAGAUUUCACGGGAAUGGGUUGGAGAAGAUCUGUGGAAUGACGACAUUUUCAAAAUCUCGCGUUCACUUGAGUCAAAACAACUGUUCCUUGUAUUUAUAGUAACAGACCCAAGCAGAGUGACAACUUACAAAUAUUUUUUCUUCAUUUUUUGUACAAAUUUUAGCGAACGCCAAAUCAUCAGCGGGGUUACUGGAGACGCCGGAUAUUCGUUCAGCCAUGGAAGCGUUAACUCUCACUAACCACUUCACCAUAAACCCACCAGGUAACAAACUUAAGUCGCCCUUCAGUGCACCAUGUGGACCCCCUAAAACGAUCUUCCGUUGGGUGGGGAGACUGUACUUUUAGUGGUAGUUGUGAGGUUGUAAGACCCUUACCCUCCGCCCACCCCACGCGUGAUGGGUUUGUAUAGGAUUUGUGUUUCGUGGUGUGACUUUCCGCUGUCGUCAUCAUGACAGACGGUCUUAGCAUUGUGCACUGUAUAAUAAAAAGAGAUUAGUAAAGUCAAGUCCUUGUCCCAUCCAGGUUAGAUGAGGCGAUAAAACUCUUUGGUUGGUUAUUUAUUUAUUUUACUUUUAAUUUAUUAUUGGAUGGAACUUUUUCCUCCUGGUAAAGGUUGCCUUAACCCACCAUUUAUAGUUUCGAAACAACUUUGUAGAGGUAAAACAUAUUUUCAUUAUAAGCCCCAUGCACCAAAUUGUUUUUAAGGAGGGGAUUUUCCUUGGUUUGUUGUAUUUGAAGUUUUUGUGAAGGUAACGUCGAAAACUGUAUGGUGUAAAAGAAAACUCAUUCAAACAUUCUUUAUUUUGUUGUUCUUAGGAGGCGGAUCCUAUACCCUGAAAUUGGCCUUCUCCCCAAGCUCCUCAAUAUCUCCAACGGCUCCGACCGUUGCUCCUGCAGUUGCUGCGGCUGCAGUCGCCGUCAGCAAUGGUGCCAAUCCUUUGGGACCUAUCGGUUCGCCGGUGCACCCUCGAUGUAUGGCGGGAAGCCCCAUCAGCAUUGUGACGAAUGGUGUCAAGGAAUUAAACGGUGACUCCGAGAGGAAUGGGCUGAGUCCAGAGCAUUUAUCAGGUACCAGUCCUUAG